AUGGGUGUUCCGGAUGCUCCGCGAAAGGCGCCGCCUGCCUCUUCUUUCAAGACUCUCGCCGCCGUCUUCUCCUUCGUCUUACUAUUCAUCUUUGGUGUCUAUGCGCUGGGCAUACCCGUCGACAGCCAUGACCGACGCGCCUACAGCUUCGCCAAGGCGCACUUUGGCCACCGGGCGAGCUCCGCCGCCUCCGCGUCGGCCCGCGGCGACAAGUACCUGAUUGGCGUGGGCAAGGCCGACAUCACCGGCCCCGUCGUCGAAAUUAACUUUGCCGGCUACGCCAACCUUGACCAAAAGGGCUCCGGUCUGCGCCAGCGCCUCUUUAGCCGCGCCUUCAUCGUCGGCGACAAGAGCAAUCCCGACGACCGGUUCGUCUACAUCGUCAUUGACACCCAGUCGGGCGACACGGCCAUCCGCUACGGCGUGCUGGACGGCGUCGCCGCCUUGGGCAGCGAUUACGCGGUGUACGGCCAGCAAAACAUUGCCCUGACGGGCACGCAUAGCCACUCGGGACCUGGCGCCUGGUUCAACUAUUUGUUGCCCCAGGUCACGUCUUUUGGCUUUGACAAGCAGAGCUACCAGGCCAUCGUCGACGGCGUUGUCCUAUCCAUCAAGCGCGCCCAUGAAAGCUUGCAAGAAGGUUAUAUUGAUGUGGGAACCACCAGGGUCCCCGACGGCGCCAUCAACCGCUCUCGCUGGGCCUAUCUGCACAACCCCGAAGAAGAACGAGCCAAAUAUGAGGACGAAACUGACACCACGCUCACUCUCAUUCGCUUCCAGAGGGCUUCGGACAGCAAAAACAUUGGAACUCUCUCCUGGUAUCCUGUCCACGGCACUUCGAUGCUUGGUAACAACACCCACGCCUCGGGGGACAACAAGGGUGUCGCGGCUUGGAUGCUCGAGGAAGACAUGAAGAACGACCAAAACACCGCCGAGGGCUUCGUCGCCGGAUUCAGCCAGGCCAAUGUCGGAGACACAAGCCCCAAUGUCGGAGGCGCCUGGUGCGAUGACGGCACUGGCCAGCAAUGCAGUCUCGAGAACAGCACCUGCGCCGACGGCAAGUCGGAGUCGUGCCACGGCCGCGGUCCGUUCUUUGAGGCUCUGGACCUCGGCGUAAAAAGCUGCUUUGAGAUGGGUCGCCGCCAGUACGCCGGCGCCAAGUCGAUUCUUGACUCUCUAGACUCUUCGGGCACUGCCAUCUCUGGGUCGACGGUCAAGGCCUUUCACUUCUACAAUGAUAUGCGCUACUUCAACUUUACCCUUCCCAACGGCGAGCAGGUCCAGACGUGCCCGGCCGCUCUUGGGUACUCCUUUGCGGCCGGCACUUCGGACUGGCCUGGCGCGUUUGACUUUACGCAGGGCGAUUCGGGCAAGCCCAGCGCCAGUCCUAUCUGGCGUGUCGUCUCAGGGCUGCUCAGAGAGCCCAAUGAGCAGCAGAAGAAGUGCCAGGAGCCCAAGCCGAUCCUGCUCGACGUCGGCGAGAUGGAGACGCCGUACCCAUGGACGCCUAACAUUGUCGACGUGCAGAUGCUGCGCGUCGGGCAGCUCGUCUUCAUCAUCAGCCCGAGCGAGGCGACAACCAUGGGCGGCCGCCGCUGGCGCGCGGCCGUCGCCAGGGAAGCCACCGCCUUUGUCACCGACCCGGUCGUCGUCCUCGGCGGCCCGGCCAACAGCUACGCGCACUACCUCGCGACGCCAGAAGAGUACGACGUGCAACGCUACGAGGGCGCCUCGACGCUCUUUGGCCGCCAUGCGCUCGACGCCUACAUCCACCUCACCGUCAGCAACAUGCGCUACCUCUGGCCCAACGCCACCGACCACCCGGCCCAGGGCACGCCGGCCCCCGACAACCGCGGCAAAAUGCUCUCGUUCAUCACGGGCGUCGUCGCCGACGGCAACCCCAUUGGCAAGGCGUAUGGGGCCGUGCUUCGGCAGCCUUUGAGCGCCACCGCCGUCGGCGCCGUCGUCAACGCCACGUUCCAAGGCGCCAACCCGCGCAACAACCUCCGCCAGGAAGACACGUUUGUCGCCGUGGAGCGGCAGGGCGCCGACAGCACUUGGUCCCGCUACAAAGACGAUAAUGACUGGUUCCUCGUCUACUCGUGGCGCCGCACAAACGGUCUCCUUGGUUGGAGCGAGGUCGACGUGUCGUGGGAGACGCAGCAAGGGCACGCGGAGCCGGGCACGUACCGCUUCAAGUACUAUGGUGACGCGAAACCCCUCAUUGGACGCGUCAAACAGUUUGAGGGCACGAGCAACUCUUUUACCUUGUCUUGA